AUGUCGGGAAGGGUGGAGUUUUCGGUUAAUCGCUACGACAUCGUCGCCAUGUAUUUCGGCUCAUCGUCUGGUAUCGGUGCUGCUACGGCAUUGCUAUUUGCGAUAGAAGGAGCACGAGUAACAGUCACAGGUAGAAACGAGAGAGGAGUCAAGGAAACACACGACAAAAUAGUUGAAGCCGGUGCGCCUGAUGACCAUGUUCAUUGCAUAAUUGCUGAUCUGACAGUGGCGGAUGAUCGACAAAGGAUUGUUGAGGGAACUGUGGCGAAAUGGGGUCAUUUGGAUAUACUCGUGAACAACGCGGGCGCUUCAAUCACAUAUGGAAAGCAAGGAUUUGAAGCAAACGAAGAUGCUUACCAUAAGACAAUGGAUAUCAAUUUGAACAGUGUUCUACAGCUUACAAACCUCGCUCGGCCUUAUCUCAUCGAAAGCAAAGGCGAAAUUGUGAAUGUUAGCAGUAUUUCGGGGUUGAAAUUUGGAAACGUUCUAGCACCAUACUAUGCCAUUUCCAAGGCUGCCUUGGAUCAGUUAACUAGAAGUCUAGCGAUCGAUUUAAUUGAGCAUGAUGUACGCGUAAAUGGAGUAAGUCCUGGCAUCGUAAAGACGAAUUUUAUGACGAACGAAGGUAUGACUAAGGAACAAUCGGACAAAGUGUACGAUUUCUUCGGGAAGGAAAAGAGUUCGUGUCCUCGUCGUAAGUCCGGAGAACCAAAUGAAAUCGCUAAUGUGAUUGCAUUCCUUGCCGAUCGUCGUUUGUCCUCGUUUAUCAUCGGUCAAAUGAUUGUUGCGGACGGAGGAUCCGCCAACGUGUCCACUUCAAUUCGGAAUCGUUUGAAUUUCAUAAACAUUUUAUUUAUGAAGUCUUACUGA